UUCCUCCAAAUGAGUCUUCUGUGAGCCUUCUUACUAGAGACUGUGAACCGGAGUGAGGGAUGUAAAGAGAGAAGGAAAGCUGCCAGGAGCUUCAGCCAGCGGGGAGACCCUCCUCUCGUUGGAGGGGAGGGGGAUUUCCAGCGACACAUCACUGACGAAAGGACCUUUGCAGGAGAGGAGCCCUCCGAGGGAGCGGGGACUUCCACCUCCCUUUGUGGCACAGGAGCCAGAACUGCUGGCCAAGUGGAGCGAGGGUCUGUGGGAGCUAGCUGUCAUGGACACUCCUGCUCCAGAGGAAUCCUGCCUCAGCUGACCUCCUCUCUAAGGACCCUGGAUCUGUGGUUCUGUCCAGUUCAAAAUGGCAGAAAAGGCUCCACCUGGCUUGAACAGGAAGACAUCCAGGUCGACACUUUCUCUUCCUCCAGAACCCGUAGACAUUAUCCGAAGCAAAACAUGCUCUCGGAGAGUGAAGAUCAAUGUGGGGGGCCUUAACCACGAAGUCCUGUGGAGAACUCUGGAUAGGCUCCCCAGGACGCGCUUGGGGAAGCUCCGGGACUGUAACACGCACGAGAGCCUCCUGGAGGUUUGCGAUGACUACAACCUGAAUGAGAAUGAGUAUUUCUUCGACCGACAUCCGGGAGCUUUCACAUCGAUUCUAAACUUCUACCGGACAGGGAAGCUCCACAUGAUGGAAGAAAUGUGUGCGCUUUCUUUUGGCCAAGAGCUUGAUUACUGGGGCAUCGAUGAGAUUUACCUGGAAUCCUGCUGCCAAGCCAGGUACCAUCAGAAGAAAGAGCAGAUGAACGAAGAACUGAGGCGGGAGGCAGAGACCAUGCGCGAGCGGGAGGGAGAGGAGUUUGACAACACCUGCUGCCCCGAGAAAAGGAAGAAACUUUGGGACUUGCUGGAGAAACCGAAUUCAUCGGUGGCUGCAAAGAUCCUGGCCAUCGUGUCUAUCCUGUUCAUCGUGCUCUCGACCAUCGCUCUGUCUCUCAACACACUCCCGGAGCUGCAGGAGAACGACGAGUUUGGACAGCCCAGUGACAACCGCAAGCUGGCACACGUCGAGGCUGUGUGCAUUGCUUGGUUUACCAUGGAGUACCUUUUACGAUUCCUGUCCUCACCAAACAAAUGGAAAUUCUUCAAAGGCCCACUGAAUGUCAUUGACCUGCUGGCCAUCUUACCGUAUUAUGUCACCAUCUUUCUCACUGAGUCCAACAAAAGUGUGCUGCAGUUCCAGAACGUGAGACGUGUGGUCCAGAUCUUCCGAAUCAUGCGCAUCCUCCGGAUCCUGAAACUCGCCAGACACUCGACUGGACUGCAGUCUCUGGGCUUCACCCUCAGACGGAGUUACAAUGAGUUGGGCUUAUUAAUAUUAUUUCUAGCUAUGGGGAUAAUGAUAUUUUCCAGCUUGGUGUUUUUUGCUGAGAAAGAUGAAGAUGCUACCAAAUUCACCAGUAUCCCUGCCUCAUUUUGGUGGGCCACCAUCACCAUGACCACUGUGGGCUAUGGUGACAUUUACCCUAAAACACUGUUAGGGAAAAUUGUGGGUGGCCUCUGCUGUAUUGCAGGAGUCCUCGUUAUUGCCCUUCCUAUACCUAUCAUUGUAAAUAAUUUCUCUGAGUUCUACAAGGAGCAAAAACGCCAGGAGAAGGCUAUUAAAAGGAGAGAGGCUCUUGAAAGAGCCAAAAGGAAUGGCAGCAUUGUUUCCAUGAACUUAAAGGAUGCCUUUGCUCGAAGUAUGGAACUGAUAGACGUGGCGGUGGAGAAGGCUGGAGAGUCGGCCAAUACCAAGGACUCCGUGGAUGAUAAUCACCUGUCUCCCAGCCGGUGGAAGUGGGCCAGGAAGGCUCUGUCGGAAACAAGCUCCAAUAAGUCCUAUGAGAAUAAGUACCAGGAGGUUAGCCAAAAAGACUCCCACGAACAGCUGAACAACACUUCUUCCUCCAGCCCACAGCAUCUGAGUGCCCAGAAGCUGGAGAUGCUAUACAAUGAAAUCACCAAGACACAGCCUCAUUCCCACCCAAACCCGGACUGCCAAGAACAGCCCGAGAGGCCAUCUGCAUACGAGGAGGAGAUAGAAAUGGAAGAGGUGGUCUGCCCACAGGAGCAGCUGGUUGUGGCACAGACCGAGGUCAUCGUGGACAUGAAGAGCACCUCCAGCAUCGACAGCUUCACCAGCUGUGCCACCGACUUCACUGAGACUGAGAGGUCGCCCCUGCCACCCCCCUCUGCCUCUCACUUGCAGAUGAAGUUCCCCACUGACCUCCCAGGGACAGAGGAGCACCAAAGAGUCAGGGCGCUUCCAUUUCUAACACUAAGCAGAGAUAAGGGGCACACUGCCAGGGAGGCCACACUGGAUUAUGCCCCGAUUGACAUAACUGUGAACCUCGAUGCUGGGACAUCACAUGGUCCUUUGCAAUCUGACAGUGCCACCGACAGCCCUAAGAGCUCGCUGAAAGGGAGCAACCCCCUCAAGUCCAGAUCCCUCAAAGUGAACUUUCAGGAAAACAGAGGCAGUGCACCCCAGACCCCACCCAGCACAGCCAGGCCACUGCCAGUAACCACAGCUGACUUUCCACUCACGACCCCUCAGCACAUCAGUACUAUCCUUCUAGAAGAAUCCCUGCCCCAGGGAGAGAGACCCUUGCUGGGUGCUGAUGCUUCCGCACACUGUCAGGGACCUUCCAAAGGGCUAUCCCCUCGGUUUCCCAAGCAAAAACUGUUUACUUUCUCUCCUAGAGAAAGGAGAAGCUUCACUGAGAUAGAUACUGGAGAAGACGAAGACUUCUUGGACCUCCAAAGGUCAAGACCAGACAAGCAAACAGAUUCCAGUCCCAACUGCUUAGCAAAUGAGCCUGGUGAUGCCAGAGACCCAUUAAGAGAAGAGGGCUGUGUGGGCUCCUCCUCCCCUCUGAACACAGACCACAACUGUAGGCAAGACAAUUACCAGGCUGUGGGUGAAGUCAAAAAGGACAGUAGUCAAGAAGGGUACAAGAUGGAGAACCACUUGUUUGCCCCAGAAAUUCAUUCCAACCCAGGAGACACGGGUUACUGUCCCACUCGUGAAACCAGCAUGUGACUAGUUAUAAAAGCAAUAUAAAAAAAAACUUGUUUCUAAUGCGAUUAAUAAUGCCAUGAACUAGAAUAUGGGAAACCCCUCGCCUAAAUAAAACAGUGCAUAAAGUGUUAUUUUUGCAUGGCAUGAACAGCUUAGUUUAAGUACUGUUUAAAUAAAGAGUCAAGACUGCAUUUUGUAACAAACAGGACCGAGUCCAGUACAGCAAGCUAAUAAAGAGCCCUCUUAGGAACCAGUGCUCUGCGAUGUCUGACAUUUUUGAUCCUUUCAUUUCGAGCUGUAGGCAUAUUUUCCGGCUCUAACUUUUACAUAACCAUGAAUUUUAGGACGUGCACAUGAAAGGAUGAAAUGCCAUUGCACGUGUCCAUGCUUAUGGGGCGUAAGGUGCUUUGAGCUUGCAAAAUGCAUAACUAUGUAAAUAGGCCUGGAUGCAAAAGUGUCAAGAGUAUAGGGACACGAGUUUCUGAGAGGCAGGUAUUUCCUUCCCAGCCACCGCCUGGAGGAGCUGUCCAGACUUCCUGUUGCAAAUCUGCGACCUCUUCUUAACACACUUUGUGCAUCUUGCUUUGGAUUAUAAAGCUCUUAUGUUUGUUUAAAGGAAUACAGUAUUUUUAUUUAUUUGGGAGAUAAUUCAGAGGAUAUGUUUAUAUGUAUUUUAAUUUAUUUGGAAUAAAAUUCAGAGGGCAUUUUUUUCCGUUUUGCUUUUGCUUAGUUGUUGCAUCUGUGCUGUUAAGUAUAAACCAUGAAAAGUAGUAAGAUUUAAUGACCAGAUAUUAAGUAUUUGGAAUUUAAGCUUGAACAAUUUAGCUAUAAACUAAAUACCAGGUCACAGACUAUUACAGAAAUUCAGUUUUUAUAAACUUCAAAAUGGAUAGAAGAUUCUAUUAUAAAAUUUUUUAAAAAUUCAAAUUGAUAUUACACAUUUGGAAUUUAAUCAUCUUUAAAACAAAUUUCUUUUAAAAAAUUCUUUUGGCACUGCAAACAUGGCUGUGUUUUCCUCUAGUGUCCAACAUACAAGUUAAGAUUUGUGAAAAUGGAAAUUCCAUAAAAUGAUUCUUGACAAACUAAAAGUAGAGCUCCCUUAAUCGACAGAGCUGGCCCCAAAACGAGUCAUCAUGUAGGAGCCCAGGUCUGGACAUGGACCACUAAAUACUCAUCAGUAUAGGAUACAGGUCUAGGCUGACACUACCAGUCACAGAAGGAUGUUGUUCUUGCAGGCUUGCUAGAGCACUCUCAGUAAUUGCUACAACUAGACAGGCUCUCUCAGGUUUCCCGCCCCAGAACUCCCUAGAAAAGGUCAGGACUUUCUUUGCUAAAAGUCAUUUCUGGCAUUUUCCUACGGAGCACAUUGGAUGCAAAGGCAUUGGACACUCACCUUGCUUUGUGGAAAUCAAAAGGUUCUAGUUCCUGAGAAGCAACUGCCAGCCAUGCAGUGUCCAGAAUAACUCUACACUAUCUGCUGAUAUCAUCUGUACCCAAAUAAAAACAAAAACCAAAUUAUUUCUAGGUCCCCUUAAGAUUUCAAAUCAAUGAUUUCUUAUUUCCUGGCAAUGUGCUGAUCUUGCCUCAGCAAAAUGCAUUCUGUGCAUGUGUGCUCAUGUGUGCUUAUGCAUGCAUACAGGUCAGGGAAGUGGGGAGGCUAGCAGGACAAACUAAAAACAAAGCUUAUUGUUUAAGGAAAAAACUCUAAAUUUUGUUCUUUUUUUAAAAUGAAAACCAUUCAGGAAAAAAAUAGCCCAAAUAUUUAAAAUCUAAUAUAAGUCUUUAAUAUUUCUAAAUUAAUAGCUUCUGGUCAUUAAAUCUCAGAUAAGAAAACGAGUUUUGAUUUUUGUUAACAUCCAGACAGUCCUGAUGUCAAAACUAAUUGAAAACAUUUCUUUGAUCCCACUGUGUUUUGAAUUUCUUAAUGGUUUUCAUGUUUGUUUCAAAACAUAACCUUUAAGAGUGUAUAGUCAUUAUUCAAUGAUAUUUUUAUUAUGCAUACUUCUUUUCAUGUCUAAGGACUACAUGUGGAUCAGUUUUUUGUAAAUCUAGAGUAUUUGAAUUUUCUAUAUAUAGUUUUUCAAAGUCAAGCAGGUAUAUCUAUUGUUAGAUGAACAGCAAACAAGCUACAAAGAUCGUCUUCUUCAUACAGCCUCAUGAAGCAGUUCUUUUCUAAUGGUUCCUAUCGAUGAAUCUGUUUGUUUUUUCUUCAUCUGGCUUCAUAAGUGAACUCAUUGCCCUGCCAUAUGACCAGUGUCCGACUCUCCGUGUGUCUGUCAGGGUUUCUACUGAGAACCCUGUUCCAUCUGCUUAAGAUCAGGACCCUUACCCGGUCUAAAAGUCUCUGCUGUUUUCCUAAAGAGUCUUUCCCUGUCAUCCUAAAGGGUUCAUAGGAAGAUCUCUGUCUGUUUUGUUUUUAAGUCUUAAUGAAUUUUUUAAAAAAAUCAUCCCUUGGAAGUCUCAUCCCUUGAGUUCUCCUAAUUCCUCUGAACCAGAAGUCUUCAGCUGGGAGAAACAAAAGAAAAGUUCCCUCCGGAAGAUCUUUGACUUUGCUAUUUCACACAAAGGAAUCUCCCAGAAUACACCUGUGAAGCCCUUCUACACUUCAGCAAAGGGCGCCUAACUCAAAGGAGACCGUGUCUGUCUGGAAAGACCUGGAUCUACCUAUCAAGUGCAGAGUUCUUCUGAGGUCUUUUAUGUUCUACAUUAAAG